GGGGGGGAGGGUUGGGGUGUCCGAGCAAGCAGACGAAGGCGAGGACGAUCGAACCGUGAUGACAAAUCAUAUGUAAAUAUUUUGUUCAUAGUGUCGUUUAUCGAAAUGUGCCUCGUCUUGUAAGGACUCUUAACACCGGCAACAAGCAGCAACAUGACGGACACAAGCCCUCCGGCCCCAGCAGACGCCCAGAUCAGCAAAAUUGUGGUGGGAUCCCGCAACAGCCAGCUUGCUUUGGUGCAGACGAACCAUGUCAUAGGUCUCAUGGAAAAACACUAUCCUGAAAAAUCGUUCGAUUUGGUUUCUAUGUCCACAACUGGUGACAAAAUUCUUGACAAAGCAUUACCAAAGAUUGGUGAAAAGAGCUUAUUUACCAAGGAACUUGAGACUGCUUUGGAGGCUGGAGAUGUUCAGUUUGUGGUACAUUCUCUCAAAGACCUCCCUACGACUCUUCCUGAAGGCCUUGUCAUUGGUGCAGUUUUAGAACGAGAAGAUCCCAGAGAUGCGUUGGUCAUGCACAAGGAUUUAGAAAACAACGACUUAGACAGUUUACCUGCAUCUAGUGUUAUAGGCACAAGCUCUCUUCGACGAAAAGCACAGCUGCUUUCUAAAUUCCCGCAUCUUGAUGUUCAAAGUAUUCGAGGGAAUGUUAAUACUCGGCUUCGGAAACUGGAUGAGAAAAAUGAAUUCUCAGCUAUCAUUUUAGCUGUGGCAGGGCUUAAUCGUAUGGGCUGGAACCCGAGAAUAACUAAGGUUCUACAUGGGUCUGAAAUGAUGUAUGCUGUUGGACAAGGAGCUUUAGCUGUUGAGUGCGUUGGUGAUGACUUGAAGACUGUGCAAUUGCUCUCUGUAUUACACCAUCGAGAAACUGCUCUUCAAGUGGUGGCAGAAAGGAGCUUCUUGUGUUCUUUGGGUGGAGGAUGUUCAGCACCUGUUGGAGUGGUCUCUGAGAUAUGUAAUGAAGGAAAAACCUUGGUUCUUGAGGGUGGUGUGUGGAGUCUGGAUGGCGACCAGAAGUUGACUAAGAAACUUAGCUGUAAUUUAGAAAAAAGUUCAGAAGAGCCACCAAGGAAGAAAUCUGCACCAUCUCAGCAGACAACAUUUUGUGGUAUUGUCAGCCCAGCAUCAGACAUAGAGCAUUACAGAGCAGCAUUCAAGCUUGGACAGGACUUGGCAAGUGCUCUUAUUAGUGAGGGAGCCUCAUCAAUAAUGGAAGAGGCAAGGAAAGCAAACGAGCCCUCAUGACUGUAAUCAAGCCUGAUCAACUAGUACAAUUUAUUUUAUCUUUUGUUUUCCACAAGUGGAAAUCUGAAUCUCUUCCAUGUUCUUAAGUUUUGAAAGAAUUAAUUUUGUUGUUUAAUUGUUAUCACAUUAGAUCCAUGCAUCUUUUUGUGCAUUUUAGUUACAAUUAAAGACCAUACUUGACUGCCAUGGAGGCAAAGACCAUUACAUUUUAGGGCUAGCUGUGAUAAACUGCUCAAUCAGCUUAUUGGUGUGUAGUUUUUGACAAACCAUUUUGUAUGAAUGAAUGUGCUAUUGUUUUUUGAUACAUUUACUUAUUGGUGCUUGAGACUGAAAAAAAAUGUUACUUAACAAUUUGCUGCCAAGUUAUUCUUGUAGUAGGAAGCAUCAAUUCUCCUAAAACUUCAUAUUUUCC